UUCUUAAAGUGGAUUGUGGCUUUCACUAGCACUCAGGGAAGCUUCAUUAGUCGUCAGAGGGAGGCAAGGCUGUGACUCAUGCUUGCGUGAAGAGACCAAUGGGAAGCCGGAGCCUGAGAUAUAAAUAACGAAUAAAAAAAUAUUCUUGAGGGAGAAAGGGUCACUUGCGCACCGCUGGAUGGGAUUUUAUUAGUGCGCUCUGUUGGUAUUCCGCCAUCACUGGACUGUUCCUUGUCGCGCCUUUGGGUGGCAAUUGUACCAUCUAGUUAUAGUUUCUCUGGACUCGACAACCUGUGAGCCGCUGAAUAAUUCCCCAGCUGGAGAUCAGAUAGCAGAAGACUGAUGGCAACGUCUGAACCGAGAGCCACCGGCGGGGAACAGGACCCCAACUCCGCCAAUUUAAGACCUCCGUCCUCAACUUACGAAUAUGCGUGGAUGCACGGAUGCACACGGAAACUGGGGAUGAAGAUUUGUGGGUUCCUGCAGAAGAACAACAGCCUGGAUGAUAAGGGCAGGCUCGCGGGCCAGAAGAACCUGCUCUCGUGCGACAACAGCGACCGGGACGCGCGCUUCCGCCUCACCGAGACCGACUUCUCCAACCUGUUCGCCAGAGACCUGCUGCCAGCCAAAAAUGGAGAGGAGCCCACCAUCCAGUUUCUGCUGGAGAUCGUCGACAUCCUCACCAACUACGUCAAGAAGACUUUUGACCGCUCCACCAAGGUGCUGGACUUCCACCACCCCCACCAGCUCCUGGAGGGCAUGGAGGGCUUCAACCUGGAGCUGUCCGACCAGCCCGAGUCCCUGGAGCAGAUCCUGGUGGACUGCAGGGACACGCUCAAAUAUGGCGUCAGGACAGGUCACCCUCGAUUCUUCAACCAGCUGUCCUCUGGUCUGGACAUCAUCGGUCUGGCUGGAGAGUGGCUCACCUCCACUGCCAACACCAACAUGUUCACCUAUGAGAUCGCUCCGGUGUUUGUGUUGAUGGAGCAGCUGACUCUGAAGAAAAUGAGAGAGAUGAUCGGUUGGCCCAACGGAGAGGGAGAUGGACUCUUUUCACCAGGGGGCGCCAUCUCCAACAUGUACAGUGUGAUGAUCGCACGUUACAAGUAUUUCCCUGAGGUCAAGACCAAGGGCAUGUCUGCUGCUCCCCGCCUUGUCCUCUUCACAUCUGAACAUAGCCACUACUCCAUAAAGAAGGCUGGAGCUGCCCUGGGCUUUGGUACUGAGAAUGUGAUCCUGCUGAGCACAGAUGAGAGGGGGAGAGUCAUUCCUGCAGAUCUGGAGGCCAAGAUCAUCGAUGCUAAACAGAAGGGUUACGUGCCGCUGUUUGUGAACGCCACAGCUGGUUCGACAGUAUACGGUGCAUUUGACCCCAUCAAUGAGAUCGCUGACAUCUGUGAGAAGUACAACCUGUGGCUCCAUGUUGAUGGAGCGUGGGGUGGUGGACUGCUGAUGUCCAGGAAGCACCGUCAUAAGCUCAAUGGAGUCGAGAGGGCCAACUCUGUCACAUGGAACCCUCACAAGAUGAUGGGCGUGCCUCUGCAGUGCUCUGCAAUCCUGGUCAGAGAGAAGGGGAUCCUGGCAGGCUGUAACUCCAUGUGUGCAGGCUACCUGUUCCAACCAGACAAACAGUACGACGUCACCUACGACACAGGCGACAAAGCGAUCCAGUGUGGCCGACACGUUGACAUCUUUAAGUUCUGGCUCAUGUGGAAGGCCAAGGGCACCAUUGGGUUUGAGCAGCACAUUGACAAGUGUCUGGAGCUGUCUCAGUACUUGUACAACAAGAUCAAGAACAGGGAGGGGUAUCAGAUGGUGUUUGAUGGAGAGCCCCAGCACACCAAUGUUUGCUUCUGGUACAUCCCGCCCAGCCUGAGAGGCAUGCCUGACGGUGAGGAGCGGCGAGAAAAACUGCACAGGGUGGCACCAAAGAUCAAAGCCAUGAUGAUGGAGUCCGGGACCACCAUGGUGGGUUACCAGCCUCAGGGCAAACAUGUCAACUUCUUCCGCAUGGUCGUCUCCAACCUGGCAGCUACCCAGUCAGAUAUUGACUUCCUCAUCGAUGAGAUCGAGAGGCUCGGUCAAGACCUGUAGACCUCUCAGCCGUCGCCGCUCUGGGGGCCAGAGGGCGAAGCUGCAGUCUUCUAUCUGAUGUAUUUCUGAGGCAAAUGAGGUGAAACUUUCAUGGUGCUGCAGACAGAAUAAUGACAGGACGUGUUUUAAGUUCCAGUCUGUCUCCGUCUGAAGCACUCUGACUGUUUCUCCGAUGGAAGAGAAGCUAACAAUGACAGAGACUCUGAGUGUCCCACAUAGUUCCUCCUCUAGAGAAAAUAUAGACGUACCUGAAGCCUCCAGGUACAACACGCUCUAAUGUGUGUGUGUGAUGUGGAAUCUUGUAACGUCUGUGUGUGUAAUCUCGUCCAAUGUAAUUUGUCUUUCAAUGUCUGUGUGCCUGAGUGUGUGUGUGUGUGUGUGUGUGUGUGUGUGUGUGUGUGUGUGCGUGGUCAAACACUGAAAGGGAGAAAAGCACAGAUGGGAAUAUAACAAACUAUCAUUAAAUUAUUCUGCUGUAUCAUACAUUUGCUACACACGAUUGAAUCAUUGGUGCUUCAGCUGUGUACAUAUAUUUAAUCUCAGUGCACCGACCUAUUUGUCCUAAACCAGUGCCCCUGAAGCAGUGUGUGUGUGAGUGUGUGUGCGCAUGCGUGUGUGCGUGCGUGCGUGCAGGUGUGUAUCCUGUCAUGUAUUUUAAGCUGUGUUAAAAAUAAGCUUAUUAUGACCUAACGUGCACACCAUAGGUACCAGGCUGAGAGUUUUUAGACACACUCCAGCACCUGAUCUACAGUCUGCAAUAUUUUCCCUCGUAGAACUUUAAGAUUUAAUAUGUCUGCAGCUGUCUCAAGUCUGUGACGACUUUUAACUCGUAAAACGCUGGCUCGUUGUCUGUUUUCAUGCAAUCACGUGAUAUGUGUUUUUAAAAAUAUUUGAUUAUAUAUAUAAGAAGUAAUAUUUAUUGCAUUUCCACUGUUGCCAGAUUCAGGUAUUUUAUUGUAAAUGUAUCUUUAUGUGUAUUACAUGGUAAUACAUUUGUAAAUGAAAUCACAGGAACUUAGGUAAAGUUUAUUUGUAGUUAUUUCAGCCCGUUCUCACUCCCAACUCGCCAAAUACCGCCACUUUGUCAGUGAUUUUGGCGUCAGAAACCGUCACACACUGGCACCUUUGGUGGCAGAUAGAUAGAUACAGAGACGGAUGUACUCUGCAUUCAUUUUGUCCAUAUUUGUGCACGUUUUCUGAAAGCUCACAGAAACAGACAAAACAGAGCAGUACCACCACAGUUAAGG